UGCACAUUUCUCUUAUUCAGCACACAAAAAAAAGCACAGCUUUUCCACACACAUGACAUUUGAACUCCUUUUUACAAUUUGGUCUCCAUACCUGAAAUCCACUAUCUCUUCAUCUUUGCUUCCUGGAAUCCCUAGCUUCCUUUCAAAGCCUCCCUCAAUGAAUGUAUCCUCCCUAAGGCCUAUCCUCACCCCUUGCCCCAAGUUGCUAAUACCCAUUCCUGAAAAGAUUAACUUUUAUUCACUUUGAUUUUUUUUUAAUCUAUAUUUAUUCAUGUACAUGUUGUCUUCUUUGAAUGACUGUAAGCUCUUAAGGGCAAAAAUGAUUUUUUGGGUAUUUUUUCUCCCCAUUGGCUAUAUAAAUAUCAUAAAUAAUUCUUGAUUAUACAACUGUGCCUCUUGCCCCACUGCAAUAGUCCUUUCUUUUUCUGUUACAGAAAUUCAGAAAGUGAAUUUGAAUGGCAUAAACUCUAGUUGUACAACUAAUUUGCUUCUUUAAUGUUGUUUGGCUGAUACUGACCUCCUAUUUUUACUAUUUCCUAUUUUUCUCCAAUUUUUGGUUUGUUUUUUUUUUUAAGUUUCCCACAAUGGCAGAGCUAUGCCCCUCACACCUAGAGCUGACAAGCUUAGAUGAGGAGAACCUAUGGGAGAUAAUGGAGAACCAUCGAUGUAAGAUCGUCCAUAAUGUGUACCCCAAUCGACUGACUCCUUACCUGCGACAGGCCAAGGUGCUAGAUCAACUGGAUGAGGAAGAAAUUCUGCACAGCCCCAAGUUCACUAACAAUGUCAUGAGAGUAGGAUACUUGCUGGAUGUGUUGAAGACACGAGGAAAAACUGGUGCCAUCGCCUUUAUGGAAAGCUUAAAGUUUCAUAAUCCUGACAUUUACACCCUGAUCACUGGACUGGAGCCUUCUGUUGACUCUGGCAGUUUCCGUGGCCUCAUUGAUACUUCCACAUUAACUGAGUGCCUAGCUAGUGCCAUCAAGAGCCUACAACAGGAGCUGUCACAGGAAAAGCUAAGAAGCCAUGUGCUGCAACAGCAAUAUCAAAAGCUAAAAGAGCAACUGCAUAAACUGGAGGCCCAGAAUAAGAGCCUAGGGGACAUGGAAACUGAGCACAACCGCAUGAAGAGAGAAGUCAGUGCCCAGUUCCAUCAGGUGCUGAAGCUGAAGGAUGAGAUGUACAACUUGUCCAUGCGUUACACCAGUGCUCUUCAGGACAAGGACCUAGCCAUCACCCGCUGCCAGAGUCUGCAGGAGGAGUUGUAUCUAAUGAAACAGGAGCUGCAGCGGGUCCAAAUGACUUCCUCUUGUGAACGUGAGUCUAGAGAGAGGUCUCUGAAAAUUAGUAAUGACCUGGAACCAGAAGAGGGUGAACUCAGUCAGCUCAAGGAGGACACUGAGAAGCUUAAUUCUCUGACCUUUAGCCAGGCAGAGAAGGACAUUUUGGAACAAAAUUUGGAUGAGGCCCUGGAUAGCAAGCAGGAGCUGGUGGAUCGUAUCCAUUCCCUGAGGGAAAGAGCAGUCACUGCUGAGAAGGAGCGUAAGCAGUACUUGGAAGAAAAAGAGAAGACCUUCUUUCAGUUCCAAAAAAUCAAGGUGGAUUUUGAAAUUUACAAAGAGAAGACCAAUGCCCUGCAAAGCCAGGUGGUGGAACUGCAGAAAGAGCGAGACCAGGCAUACAAGGCCAGGGAUCUGGCCCAGAUGGACAUCGCUCACAGUUUGACAGAAAAAGACUCCCUCCGAAGAAAAGUGUUUGAGCUAACAGAUGAGGUCUGUGAACUACGGAAACAGCUCCAAAAGAGGCAGAUAGAACCAGUGAGUGAGACUAAAGAGGAUGCUGAGGAGCCCUCAAAGAAGGGGAAACAGAGACUCACAAGGAUGUAUGCCAUCAACCCUCAGGAGGACAGAGAUUUCAGCUUGCUAAAUUCCACAGAGCACUGCACAGAUGUGAGUACUACUUCAAACCAGGAGCCGAUGGGAAGCUUCUGUUCCAAUAGCCCUGUGCCUCCUUGUAAACAAUCACUCUGCAAGCGAGUCACUGAAGACUUCCUGGAAGACUCCAUUUCUAUAAGCAAUGUUCUAAAGCAUCGUCGCCAUGCUAGGAAGAUCCUAAGUCAGGUAACAGGACUGGUCUUCCAAGGGGACUCCUUAUUGGAUCAAAUCAGCAUCAUUGGUGGAAACCACACAGGCAUCUUUAUUCACCGAGUCACCCCUGGCUCUGCAGCAGAUGAAAUGGCUUUGCGUUCUGGCACCCAGAUCAUAAUGGUGGAUUAUGAUUCAAAGGAGGUUACAUUCAAGGCUAUCCUGGAGGACACAACCCUUGAGCAGGCAAUAGAGCUUCUCAAGAGGGUGAAUGGCUUCUGCUGCCUAUCCGUGAAGGUCAACAUGGAGGGUUACAAGAGAUUGGUCCAGGACAUAGAGAACAAAGUGACCACCUCAGGAGAUUCAUUCUAUAUCCGGGUCAACUUGUCCAUGGAAGGAAAGGCAGAUGGGGAGCUACAAGUGCAGUGUAAUGACAUCUUACAUGUCACUGACACCAUGUACCAAGGCCAAAGUUGUUGGCAUGCUCAUCGAGUCAAUUUGUACAACAGGAAGGACACAGAGCAUGGCACCAUCCCCAACUACUCACAGGCUCAGCAGCAGCUUAUCACUAUCAUCCAGGACAUGACUCACCAGAGAAAAGUCAUCCAAAAGUCAUCUGGGGGGCAACAGAAAUUAGUGCGCAUCAUCAGCAUGGACAAGACUAAGGCCAACCCAUUAUGGUCUUCCUUGGAUGGGAGCCAGACUGAGUCCAGCAAGUUGGAAGAAUCAUCUAUGCUAUGUUUCUGGGCAGAAAGUUAUUUUACACUAGUGCCUUACACACUAGUAAAACCCUACAAACCAGAGAGACCUCGACCUGUGCUUUUUGUGCCUAUGGUGAUUGGGAGGAUCCUGAGUGAGAAACUGAGCCUCCUCAAGGAUUUUGAGAAAUGCCCAGCAGUAAACAUCUGGAGCAAAGUCCUUGGUUACCUCAGCUUCCUUCUCUGA